UGGUCGGUGUGCCAGCGACCAGACCACAUAAUUGGCUACAACCCCUUUCUACUCCACAACAAUUCAGAGGGGAAAUGUACUUUUUAGUCGACUACAUCUAUCUGACAGCUUUGCUUACUGAUAACUUUACAGAUUAGAUUUCACAUACGAACUUUCAGCAUAAAACAGGAAAUAACUAAACAAAACCUAAAACCUUUAACAAUCUGCCUGCUACUUCACUUCCUCAUUUUCAGCGUGACCUUCCGAUUUUCUGGUUGUCUUUUCAUUUGUCACCAUGCGUAUUCACACAUUUUUACUGCUGUGUCUGCUCCUACUAUUUUCAAGAGCAGACGCUCUCUUCGGUUACUCUUUGAUGCGUUGGCAGUUUACUUCCUCUGAUGAUUGUGUUUAUCUGGGGCAAAUCUACUUUAAUAAGGUGCUUCUGGGUCAGUACAACAGCACUUUGGGAAAGUUCAUUGGCUACACGAAGAAAACCAAAGAAAUUGCAGAUGGCCUCAACAAAAACCCAGCUUAUUUGGAACAAGAAAAGCAGAAUUUGGAGCGCUGCAAAACCUACAUCUCAAUGGCAUCUGAUAACCUUUUAAAACCAGUUGAGCCCUCUGUCAGGCUGAGGUCAGUUGAAGCAGCAGGCAGCAAACAUCCUGGCAUGCUCGUCUGCAGUAUGUACGAUUUUUAUCCCAAGCAAAUCAGGGUGACGUGGCUGAGGAACGGAAAGGAGGUGACAUCUGAUGUGACGUCCACUGAUGAACUGCCCAAUGGGAAUUGGCUCUACCAGAUGCACUCCUAUCUGGAGUUUACACCCAGACCAGGAGAGAAAAUCACCUGUAUGGUGGAGCACGCCAGCCUCAUGGAGCCCAAGCUUUAUGACUGGGACCCAAAACCUGAGUCAGAGAGGAACAAGAUUGCUGUCGGGUCAGCAGGGCUACUGCUGGGUCUCGUGUUUUUUCUUCCUGGGCUGAUUUUCUACACUAAGAAGAACACCACUGGGCGGGUGUUGGUGCCAGCAAGUUAAGGUAGCCUGCCACUUUGGCUGAAAGAUUUGUAACACAAGUGGAAAUGUGAAUUGAUGAUCUGAUCAUGGAAACCAAAAUGGCAGAGAAUCGAAUGAAUGAGAAUGUUUCUAUGUUGAGAAAUUCACAAAGUUCUCUAUGAGAAAAAUAGGUUCACUCAAUUCUGGGUAGGUUUAUAGCCUGCUGUAUCUAUAGGAAUGAUUCAUGUUGUAAUGUUAACUUUAUGAAAAGCAAGCUUCAUUUUAUUUGGGGGAUAUAGUUCUAUAUAUAAUAUCUUGUCAAACCUAAAGUUUCUUUCGCACUGUACAAAUAUAUUAUGAGUUAAGAGAUCUUAUUUCCAUGUCUAAACCCUGAAAUAUUCUGGUGUUCAGAUGAUCAAAAAUGGGAAUGUUUGUUUAAUUCUGAAUGAACUUGACUUUGUCUCAAAAACCUGGACAAGAAGGCAAUAUAUGGGCUACUAUUUAAGUUAUUUAAGUACUAUGAUUUGUCCAAUACUAUACUGUCGUAAAUGUAUUUUAUUUUUUUAAUGUAUAUUUUGUUUUGGACAAUGAAGGUCUAAAGACUUGAAUGUAAACAUAUUUAAAUUAAAUUAUAAUUUGUAGCAAAGUA